AUGGCAGAUAGUGCGACAACGAAAGCGAUCGGCGCGAACGACUAUUCCGAUCUGCUCCAGACAGCUCACUCUGACGCGUUCGCGUUCUCGGACACAGAGCAACUGGCGCUGCAGCUCUACGACCAGCUGAGGGAGCUUGAAUUAGAAAAGAGCCUCCUCCAGGCACAUGCCAAAGACGUAUCUGACGUCUCAUCGCUAUCAGAUGAUGUCUUACAAGAGCACCUGAUGACCGCAGAGCGCGAAGCCAUGGAAGCCAAGGCAACAUUCGAAAUUCGAAACAGGAUAGCCCACAAUGUGUUGGUCAUGGAUCCCGUCCUCAAGGCUGUUCAUGGCGGCCAGCAGCAUACCGUCGAAAAGCGUGUAUUGCCUCUUGUCACCGAAAACGAUGCCCUAUCGAUGGUCCAUGGCUUGUUGGCCACGCAACUAGCAAACGAUCAACGUGCCUUGAGCGCUGCUGAGCAGGGCAAUAUCACGAUCAAUAAGGAGAACCGCAACCAAUCCAGGAUGGUCUUGAAGCUGGCUGAAGAAGUGAAGGCGCAGUCGAUCGAAGAUAUUGUAGAUGCUUCACUCCGAGCGCAAGUUGAGAAAGCGGAGAGAGAUGUUCAAGCGUCACGUAGAAGAGCGACAAUCAUCAAGGGCAUUCUAUCUGCGAUGGUCGUUGGAAGUGGCAUCAACUGGGCAGCUGACAAAGAGCUGCGUGAACUGGUCAUGGACGAUGAAUGA